AUGAAAAAGGAAGACCAAAGUAUGGUAACAGAAUUCCUGUUCUCUGGAUUUCCCCAGUUUGAAGAUGCCAGUUUCCUCUUCUUCAUUCCUUUGUUAUUCAUUUACAUAUUCAUUGUUAUGGGGAAUCUCAUUGUGUUUCUUGCAGUUAGGAUGGAUACCCGUCUUCACAACCCCAUGUACAAUUUCAUCAGUAUUUUCUCAUUUCUGGAGAUCUGGUAUACCACUGCAACUAUUCCCAAAAUGCUCUCUAAUCUCAUCAGUAAGCAGAGGACCAUCUCUAUGAUUGGCUGCCUGCUACAGAUGUAUUUCUUCCAUUCACUUGGAAAUUCAGAGGGUAUUUUGCUGACUGCAAUGGCUAUUGACAGGUAUGUUGCUAUCUGUAACCCUCUUCGGUACCCAACUAUCAUGACUCCCCGGCUCUGUGCUCAGCUCUCUGCGGGCUCCUGCAUCUUUGGCUUUCUUGUGUUGCUUCCAGAGAUAGCAUGGAUUUCUACCUUGCCCUUCUGUGGCCCCAACCAAAUUCAUCAGAUCUUCUGUGACUUUGAACCUGUGUUGCAUUUGGCCUGUACGGACACCUCCAUGAUUCUGGUUGAGGAUGUUGUUCAUGCCGUGGCCAUCAUCUUCUCUGUCUUGGUUAUUGCCAUCUCUUACAUCAGAAUCAUCACUGUGAUACUGAGGAUUCCCUCUGGUGAAGGCCGUCGGAAGGCUUUCUCUACUUGUGCUGCCCAUCUUGGUGUCUUCCUGAUGUUCUAUGGCAGUGUCUCUCUCAUGUACCUGCGUUUUUCAGCUACUUUUCCACCAAUUUUAGACACAGCUAUUGCACUAAUGUUUGCAGUGCUUGCUCCCUUUUUCAACCCUAUCAUCUAUAGUCUGAGAAAUAAGGACAUGAAGAUGGCAAUUAAGAAGCUUCUCUGCUCUCAGAUGAUGCUAACUACAUCUGCAAGCUGA